UCGACGACCUGGACGAUGAAGACGCGGACGUCGACGGCGACAUGUCCGAGCUGUGCACGUGCAGCGCCGGCAACGCCGCCCUCACCGCCGCCCCCGCCGCCCCCGCCUUGCGAGAGACGCUCCACCGCGUCAUAGUGCCCGCCUCCCGCAGGAACCACGAAGCGCAGGAGUCUCCGCCGAUGCGGUCCGACUGGUCGCCGCAGCAGACGCUGGACGAGGAGGAGCAGGCGGGCGCCGACGACGCACACGUCGACGCCGCACGCCCUGCGACGGACGCCCAAGAUUCCGGCAAACAGGUCGUGCCUUCGAGUCCCGGCGGAUGCCCUGCCUACGAGCCGCCACUGGAGUUUGGGGACCCAGUGCACGUGACGCUCUCGCCACCCGAGGCCUACAAGGACGUGGGCGACGACGAAGACGACGACGUGGACGGCGCCGAUGGAGCCGUGACGCCACAACAGCCGCAGCCACACCCCCGCUACAUUGUGGAAACCAUAACGAUGACGACAGUGACGGAGCGCCGCAUCGUGCGGGAGGCCACAGCCUCCGGCUCCGCCCCCGCGCCCGCCGCCACCGCCGACGCCGCCCCCGCACAACCCCCGGGCAUCCUGAAGGGCAGCAAGAUCAGGUGCGAGGGCUGCGACGCGGCCAUGGCAGCAGGGGGCCAGGGUUCCAUGCUGGAAGGACCCACAGGAGAAAAUGGCGACAGCAGCGAGGUGCGUCGCACGGUGCGCUUCUCCGAGAGUACAGUGCUGCCCCCGGACUCGCCGCUGCUGCCUCCGCCACCGGAAAUGAUAACGCCGCCCCCCAUCCCGACGCCAGACUCGGCCACCAGCGACGACGGUGGCGGCGCCGGGGGCGGCGCCACAAAAUUCUUCCCGUCGUCGCCGCCCCCAGUGCCAGCGGCAAUCCCGCCACCCCCAGAGGAGGAGCUGGCCGUGGAGGCGGUGGAGGCGGCGCGUGACGCGCAGCUGGAGGCGGAGGCGGACGAGCACGCUUUCGCCGCCCCCGAUGCGGGCAGGCUGGGGGCGAAACCGUCUGCGGCCAGGCAGCUCUUUGGGGAUAACUACAGGAAUGGCGAACUGCCGGCAACGACGGUGCUGCGCCAGUUCGAGGAGGCGAAGCGCGCCAAGCUGUCGCAGUACUACAGCGAGCUGCAGCAACAACAGCAGCGCUACCACAACCACAACCACAACCACCACAGCGCCGGCGACGGCAGGCACUCGGACGACGACGAUGACGCGGCGUCGACGGCGCUCCGCCGGGACAACAGGCUCAUCUCGGCCGCCAGGUCGGAGGGCGAACUGUGCUGCGUCCAGAGCGAGACGGAUGACGACGACGAGGCGAGCAUCAGCAGCACGGCCAGCAUACGCAGGACCAUCGAGAGGAACGCGCUCAGGAGGAGCCUGCUCAGGUACGAGCCCGGGUCGCGCGGCGUACACCCCAGCCGGCGGGCGCACGGAUCCAGCCACGGCGCCUCCGAGGAGUCUCUGGUGGAGCGCAUUCGCCGCCUCACCUGCGACCUGGACGGCGAGGAGUCCGCGCCGCCUGCCAGCAAGGACGCGGCGACGGACACGGCGGAGAUGGACGAACUGGACGAGCUGGAGGAGGUGUCUGCAGGGAGGGUGAUGCCGCCCAGGGCCAGCCCCCCGGGGGCGGAGGCCCGCCACACGCCGCCCCCACCGGACGCCCCCGCAGUCCCCGCCGCCCCAGCCGCCCCCAGCACCAAAGCGGUACCACCUCAUCCCGUCACCAAUGCUGUCGUCACCAAAGCUGCCUCAUCGCCCUCAAGCGGGUCGACGUCCUCGUCAUCAUCGACUUCUACGUACCGCAAGUUGACGGACCUGUUUGCCCGUCGUUCGCAACAACAACAACAGCAACAACAGCAGCAGCAACAGCAACAGCAACAUGACACUGGUUCCGGCAUCGCGUCUGCCACAGCGUCGAAGUCGCCCUCCGCCGAACACCUGCCUGCCGCCGCAGCAGAAUGGCACGGCCAGCAGUACCCGGACCUGGGCAAUGGGCGCGCUAUGGCGGUGGCGCCGGGUGGAGUAGCAGUGAGGGCCAGCGCGGCGUCGACAACCGCGUCGUCGUCGUCCUCAGAAGGCCGCAAGCAGUUCCUGUCGACGCUAGCGCCGCUGGCGGCGUGUGUGUCCGCUGGAGCUGCUGACGCCGAGCUCUACGCGCCCUCCACCACGCACCAACAGCCAGACCUGCACUCUCUGCAUGGGGUGUACAGAGGUCAGCCCGGGGACCGCACCUCUGUGGCGAGCAGCUGCGCCACCGCCUACAGCCUGGGCGACAUCGACGAGGCGCUCGACGGCACCCAGCCGCAGCCGGACCUGGUCGCCGGCACCACCACCACCGCCGCCGCCACUACAGAGGGGGGCGGCGCGCCACCCCCGGGGGCAGUGGACGAGCUGGCGCUGUUCGUGCAGCAGGACGCCGGCCGCAUAGAGCGGCUGCGGCGGCGCUACGGCGGAGGCGGCCCCGGGGGCGGCGGGGGCGUUGGGUCCGCCCCCGCGACGCCGAGCCCCGGUGGCGGCGCCGCCGCCGCGGGCGUGGGCGACGAGGACCGCGACGACGACUACGGCUUCCAGCGGCGGCCGUCGGUCCGGGGCAUCAAGCCGCGCUUCGGGUCCACCUCGGAGAUCGUCAGCCAGGUUCGUCGCACCGCCCCCUCGUGUUUUCUUCUUUAG